AGAUCUACUGGUACGGCUCAUCAUUUUGCCUACCUCCUCAACACUUCUGAUUACCGGAUCCUGCGAAUGGAUGAGGAUUAUGAUCGCAUGUACAUUGGUAGCAAAGAUCACAUUCUGUCCCUGGAUCUCCAUGAUAUCAACAAGGAUCCUCAUAUUAUUCACUGGCCUGUGUCUGAACGAAGAAAGAUGGAAUGCCUCGUAAGUGGGAAAGAUGCCAAUGAAGAGUGCGCUAACUUUAUCCGUCUGAUUGAGCCAUGGAACAGGACACAGCUGUACGUCUGUGGGACAGGCGCUUACAACCCAGUCUGUACCUUUGUAAACCGGGGACGUAAAUCUCAGACAUCCUUGUAUCUACAGAUGGCCCAGGCCAAAGGAAGGGCUAACCGUGCAGCUGAACCCAACGCGGUGCAUGAGACACUUGGAAUAAAGGAAGACAUUUUCCAUUUGGAGCCAGGCAAAGUGGAGUCUGGGAAGGGAAAAUGCUCCUAUGACCCUAAACUCAACAGUGUUUCAGCUUUAAUUAAUGGUGAACUCUAUGCUGGAGUCUAUGUCGAUUUUAUGGGGACAGACUCGGCAAUUUUCAGGACUUUGGGGACAAAGACUGCCAUGCGAACUGAUCAGUACAACUCCAGAUGGCUGAAUGAUCCCACUUUCGUCCAUGUGCACCUCAUCCCUGACAGUGCAGAAAAAAAUGACGACAAGCUGUAUUUCUUCUUCCGGGAGACAUCCUCUGAAAUGGGCCAGAGCCCUGUGACUCAGUCUCGCAUUGGACGCAUUUGCCUGAAUGACGAUGGUGGUCAUUGCUGUCUUGUCAACAAGUGGAGCACCUUCCUGAAAGCCAGGCUCAUCUGUUCGGUGCCAGGAACAGAUGGCAUGGAGACACACUUUGAUGAACUCCGUAAUGUUUACAUACAGCCGACACAGGACACCAAAAAUCCUGUUCUAUAUGGAGUCUUUUCAGUCUCUGGUUCUGUUUUUAAAGGCUCAGCUGUUUGCGUUUACUCCAUGGCUGACAUUCGCAUGGUCUUCAACGGACCUUUUGCCCACAAGGAGGGUCCAAAUUACCAGUGGGUGGCCUACACUGGGAAGAUCCCUUAUCCCCGCCCAGGAACAUGCCCAGGAGGUACAUUCACCCCCAACAUGAAGUCCACUAAGGACUAUCCCGAUGAAGUGAUAAACUUCAUGAGGAAUCAUCCUGCCAUGUACAACUCAAUCUACCCAGUACACAAGCGCCCCCUAGUGGUGCGGACUAACGUGGACUAUGAGUUUACCACCAUAGCAGUGGACCAGGUGACUGCUGCAGAUGGCAACUAUGAAGUGCUUUUCUUAGGAACUGAUAAGGGGACAGUUCAGAAAGUUAUCGUUCUUCCCAGAGAUGACCUGCUGACUGAGGAGCUGGUGCUGGAGGAGGUUGAAGUGUUCAGGGUUCCAACGCCAAUUACAACAAUGAAGGUAUCCUCUAAAAGGCAACAGCUGUAUGUUUCAUCUGCAGUCGGGCUGACCCAGCUAGCGCUUCACCGCUGUGAUGUUUAUGGAGAAGCGUGUGCCGAUUGCUGUUUGGCCAGAGAUCCAUACUGCGCCUGGGACGGCAAGUCGUGCUCCCGCUACUCCGCUUCCCAGAAGAGACGCAGCCGGAGACAGGACGUUAAGUACGGGAACCCGAUUCGCCAGUGUCGAGGCUUCAAUUCCAACACUAAUAAGAAUACUCUUGAGAUGAUACAAUAUGGGGUGGAGGGAAGCAGUACCUUUCUAGAGUGUCAGGCCCGAUCCCCACAUGCUGUCAUCAAAUGGCAUGUACAACGAGAUAACAGCGAUCGCAGGAAGGAGAUACGUUCCGACAGUCGGAUCUUAAAAACAGAGCAAGGUCUGCUCCUGCGGUCUCUGCAUCCCUCUGACUCUGGCAUGUACCAGUGCACUGCCACAGAAAAGAACUUCAAGCACACCCUCGUUAAGAUGCAGUUGGUGGUGCUGUCAAACCGUGCCGUCAAUAACGCCCUGGUGGAAAGCGGGGGAGCCUUUCAGCCAUCACUCCACUCUAGCACCCAGUGGACUCCCAGCGCAGGCCAGUACAAGGAUCUGCUCACCAUUCUCAGCCAACCAGAAAUGAGCCUCAUAAAUCAGUAUUGCCAGGACUACUGGCAGUUUGGAGACCCCAUGCAAGGUGCCCUUAAAGUCAAAGACCUGAAAGAGUUCAAAGAGCAGAAGAAACCCCGCAACCGCCGGCAUCAUGGGGAGGUAGCAGAGGGAGAAGAGCAGGUGGAUGUAGAGACAUGA